AUGGCACCUAAUCUUGAGCCUUUCUUCAAGCAGGUAGACACCCUCUCCGAAAGCUUCAUCGAACGGCUACGGAAAGCUGUUGCCAUACCCUCGAUAUCCGCCGAAGAUGACCGACGCAAGGAUGUUGUACGGAUGGGACAAUUCCUGGCGUCAGAGCUUGAAAGUUUAGGAGCUGAAGUCCAGCAACGACCCCUCGGCAAGCAGCCUGGCAAAGAACACCUCGAACUCCCACCUGUGGUGAUUGCUAGAUACGGAAGCGACGAGAACAAGCGAACUAUCCUGGUGUACGGUCACUACGAUGUACAACCUGCGGGGAUCGAGGACGGCUGGGCUACCGAUCCUUUCAAGCUGACCGUGGACGAGAAAGGACGAAUGUAUGGUCGGGGCAGCACAGACGACAAGGGACCAGUGUUAGGCUGGCUCAACGCAAUUGAAGCGCACCAGAAGGCGGGCGUAGACUUUCCCGUCAACCUCCUCUGCUGUUUCGAAGGAAUGGAAGAGUACGGAUCGGAAGGACUCGACGACUUCAUCAACCACGAGGCGAAAAGAUUCUUCAAAGACGCUGACGCAGUCUGCAUAUCAGACAACUACUGGCUCGGAACAGAGAAGCCGUGCCUAACCUACGGCCUCCGAGGCUGCAACUACUACUCCGUCGCCGUGUCCGGCCCAGGUCAAGACCUGCACAGCGGCGUCUUUGGCGGCACGGCGCAAGAACCCAUGACCGACCUGGUCCGCCUACUCUCCACUCUCGUCAACACCGACGGCCAGAUCCUCAUCCCAGGGAUCAACGACCUUGUCGCCCCGGUCACAGAAGAAGAAAAGAAACUCUACGCCCCCAUCUCCUUCACCAUGGCCAACCUCCACGAGUCGCUCGGCAGCGAAACCACGAUCUACCCGGACAAAGAACGCACCCUGAUGGCGCGCUGGCGGUACCCGUCCCUCUCCAUCCACGGCAUCGAGGGGGCCUUCUCCGCCCCCGGCGCCAAAACCGUCAUCCCCGCCAAAGUGACGGGCAAGUUCUCCAUCCGCACCGUGCCCGACAUGGACAGCGCCACCGUCACCGACCUGGUCCACCGACACCUGACCUCCGAGUUCGCCAAGCUGGCCAGCAAGAACACCCUCGACGUCUCGCUCCAGCACGACGGCAAAUGGUGGGUCGCUUCGCCCCGGCACUGGAACUUCAGCGCCGCGGCCAAGGCGGUCAAGGAGGUCUUUGGCGUCGAGCCGGACAUGACACGGGAAGGGGGCAGCAUUCCUGUCACCAUCACGUUUGAGCAGGCCACGGGCAAGAACGUCUUGCUCUUGCCGAUGGGCAGUUCGACGGAUGCGGCGCAUUCGAUCAAUGAGAAGUUGGACCGCAGGAAUUAUAUUGAGGGCACGAAGCUGUUGGGCGCGUAUUUGCACUAUGUGGCUGAGGAACCGAUGAGUGAGGGCUGA